AUGUCGCUCUUUGAUGUCGAUAGCAGUUGCUCUUCCUCUGACGCGCCGUCAUCUUCGAGCGAUGAGGGCACAUUGCCAACUUGUCCACCGCCACCGCCACUAGCAACGUACGACAGCCUGCCUUCAGUUGCUAAGAGUGGCACCAUCGGGAGCUGUGCCGCUCCACUGUCCGCUCUGGAGCAGCGGCGCCACAUGGCACAGCUCGAUGCUGCCAGGCAGCGAAACCGCGGGGUGUUGUGGCGCAACGAGCUACUCGGUUCACCCGCAGUUGACCUAAAGGGUGUAAUUGCUGGUGCGUCCUCGGUGCAGGUGGAGCGUACAUACGCCACUUCUGACCCAGGCAAGUUCGGCAAUUCCAUUGCUGCUGCGCUCAAUCUUCGCCGAGAGGAGAGGGAGAAGGCGUUGCUGAAGCGCCUACAGCAGCAGCGCAAGGCUGAGGAAGAGGGCAGCGACGGCCAGGCAUUAGCGGAGAAGGACACGGAGGUUGGCGUGUUCGUUACGGCCGCCUACAAAGCACUGCUGCGGCGCAACCUUCACCCAGCAGGGAGGAACAUCUGUGACCAAGGCGCUCAGCUCCCUACUAAGGCUAAUUACGACGAUGGUGAAGGCAGCGAUGAAGAUAACGAUGGCCCGCUGGGAGUGUACUUACGGCAGCUCGAGGGCACAGUCCACCCCGCGACACACACGAAUAGUGCGCCGCCCUCAGCGAGUCAGUUGACCACCGGUGACUACUACGAAUGUAUCAUGAAAGCGCCUCUGUUGGAAGAGAAAAACGCGUCGGGUACCGCUGUAGCGGUGGCGAGGUCAGGUGGCAGCGCUGGCGAUGGGACGGAGGCGUUGCCCGCAGUAGCCUUGUCAAUGGAGGGCAGCGAUUUGACUUCACUUACUGCGCCGACGCUCCGUGAGACGCAAGACCUCAUCAAGCACAGAGCUGCUGGCUCGUCGUCAACGCCGGGGUCACUGAAUGUGCCACAGACGAACGUCGAGGAGACUAAGGGCGACGUGAAGCCUUCUGUGGCGACUGAAGGAGAAGCAGACGAUGUGCACAGCGCUGUACUCACUCACGCACGACUGCUGUUCGACGCGCGUCAAUCAAAGAAUUACCGAGGGGUUAAUCACGCCACCCUCGUCGCCGCCGCGCGUCGCUGUGAUGAACGCAUAGGUACCUCUUUGUUUGCUUCGCUGUCGUAA